UGUGCGUUUAACUGCGCGUCUAAGUGCAUGUCGAAUUGCGCGUUGAGUUGCACACUUAAGCGUGCGUCGAAUCGCGGGUUGAGCUGUGCGUUGGAUUCCAUGGAUCGGUGCGCGUCAAAUUGCACACUUCAGUGUGCGUCGAAUUGUGUGCACUGCACACUUCAAUGCGCGUCAAAUUGCGUGGUUCGGUGUACGUUAAAUUGCGCGUUGAAUUGCAUGUUUAAUUGCAUGUCGAGUUGUGUGGUGGGUUGCGCAUCAAAAUGCGCGAGUCGGCGCAUGUCAAAUUGCGCAGUGCGGUGCAGAAAAUGUUUUGCGAUUUGCCCA